CGUCAACAUGUUUGGUAAAAUCGCGAUCCUCAAUGCUCUCGUGAGCGCCGUGUCUGCUGGCACCAUCAUCUGGGAUGGCCGCUUCAACGACAUGACCUCGUCCGCCGACCUCAACAAGUGGUCAUGGGCGAACCAGGUCGGACCAUACCAAUACUACAUCCACGGCUCCGGCAGCGUCGACAAAUACGUCAACCUCGCCUCGUCGUACAAGAACCCGGCCGACGCGGGCAGCGCGCAAGGCGCCAAAAUCACAAUCGACAGCACCGCAAAGUGGAACUCGGAUAUGUGGAGGACGGAGCUCAUCCCCCAGACCAAAGCCGGCAUCAACCAGGGCACCGUGUACUACCACUUCUCCAUGAAGCGCGGCACCACCAACGUCCCCAGCGCGACCAACGAGCACCAGAUCAACUUCUUCGAGAGCCACUUCACCGAGAUGAAGUAUGGCUGGGUGAAUGGCGAGCAGGGGACCAGCAACACGAACUUGCAGUGGUUCGUGGGCGGCCAGAGCAAGUGGAAGGUUGAACUUGCCGCGGACGUAUGGCACAACGUUGCCUACGAGAUUAACUUCAGCUCUGGCUCGGUUACUUUCUGGCACUCCACUGGCUCGGACCCGCUCACCAAGACUGCUGGUCCUUUCUCCGCUAGCACUUCUUCCAACGGUGCGGACUGGCAUUUGGGUGUUCUCCGCCUGCCUCGCCAGGGUAAUGAUGGACAGGGUGCUGAGGAUUGGUUCUUCAGCGGUGUGUAUGUGGAAAGUGGGUCUUUGACUACUUCCGUGAGCAGCCCGGCAUAG